AUGACAUACGAAGAUGAUAUCCGUUUAGCAAUAGAACUGUCUCUGAAGGAAAGAUCUCUGAGCGAUAAACAACAAAGCUUGGAGUCUGUCGAUAAUCAAAAAGCGAUAGCCCAAAGUUCCUCUGCUGACACACGUAAUGACGCAAAUAUUUUGGGAUCCUUACCAGAUAGAAAACAACUAGAAAGAGAAAGGUUAGCUAGAAUCGAAAAGAGAAAGAACGAGAGCUCGGAAUGCGGCAGUAAUGAGAAGAGACGGAUAACAGAUACUGGCGCUAUCGGUCGCAAUGACGUUGCGUCAGGUCCAGUCUAUUUAAAUGGAAUAACUAAACUAAUACACGUCUCUGGGUUUGAUGGAGACUACUUUCGUUUUGAGGAUCUCAUCCACAAGGCGGGUCUCAAAAAAGGAUUCUUCUCUACAUACGUCUUUGAUUCAGAUUGGUUUCUUAGUCACAUACCAAACGAUGCGAACAUUGUGUUAGCCAUGCAUUGGUCUCCAGAUAAUGGUGAGAAGCAAGGUGUCUUCCCUCUUUCAACCUCCAAGUACAAGUUGACCAUCGUCCAUCCACCAAUGCCUCCAUCCGGAUUUGGUUGCUUCCAUCCUAAGUUAAUGUUGUUAUUUUACGAGAACUGGAUGCGAGUUGUGAUUUCAUCAGCCAACUUGGUGCCAUACGAUUGGGAUACUAUGGAAAACAUAGCCUUCGUUCAAGAUUUUCCUGUGUCUGGAAAUACUGUAUCUUCAAUUGACGAACUACCAUCAUUUGCAAGAGAUUUGUGCAGUUUCUUAACUGCUAUGAAAGUGCCCGCUCAAGUUUGCGAUAAACUUAAAGAGUAUGAUUUCACAAGCGCACAGGCCAUCCUCGUUCCUUCAGUAGCUGGGACACAUCGUAGUUCAAAAUUAAAGUUAUACGGUCAUACGCGGUUAGCAGAAGCAGUUAGGACACUCUGCGGUACGUUGGAUGAUGUGCAACUUGAAUGUCAGACAUCUUCGCUAGGAAGUCUUCAUCAGCGAUUUUUGGAAGAGUUCUAUCGCUCAGCAAGUGGACUCGACCCUGUUGAUCGAAGUGUUGGGAAAAAAAAGGAAACGAGUGUGACACCCAAAAUUGCUGUCGGUUUCCCAUCACUAAAGACAGUGCAACAGUCAAGACAUGGACCAGCGGGUGCGGGGACAAUAUUUCUUUCCAGAAAACACUAUGAAAAAAGUACAUUUCCGAAACACGUUCUUCGUGAUUCCGUUUCUCGAAGGCGCGGAACGCUGAUGCAUUUAAAGCUUAUACUGGCAUACACAAACCAACAACCAGAAUCUCCGAAUUACAACAGCCAAUCGACUGAUGCAUCGUCUGCAAAAAGUAGAGUUACAGGAUGGUAUUAUUGUGGCAGUCAUAACUUCACAAUGGCUGCCUGGGGCCAACUUACUACAUCUCGUCAGAACAAACAACUACAAUUGACUAUAAAAAAUUGGGAACUCGGCGUAAUACUGCCUAUAAAGGAGGAUGAUAACAUAGACGAUAACAACGAUCGGCUUCUGAGCAGUGGUUUGCCUAUACCGUUUGAAAGACCACUUCGAAAGUAUUCAACGACGGAUGAACCUUGGGUCCCUGAUCCACCAAAACAUUUUGUAAACGAUUCAAAUGAAAUUGUGGUAGAAGCGCUUCGUGGUCUGUGCUUGACCCGUCCAUCCUUGCGAUUUAUUGAGAGAGAAAAGGUCGUAUACAGGACAGAUAUCGACAUAAUCAGAACUAAACAAGUUACGCUUAUUUCGGGCGGUGGAGCGGGUCAUGAACCAGCACACGCGGGAUUUGUUGGAGCAAAUCUUUUAUCAGCCGCAGUCUCUGGCAAUGUCUUUGCUUCUCCGUCAGCGUCACAAAUCCUGGCUGCUAUUCGUCGCGUCCAAUCACCCUAUGGAACAUUGCUUAUAGUCAAGAAUUACACAGGUGAUUGUUUGAAUUUCGGCCUCGCUGCCGAACGAGCGAAAGCAGAAGGAAUCAAAGUCGACAUGAUAAUUGUCGGUGACGAUGUCGGCGUUGGAAGGAAGAAUGAUGGACUCGUAGGGAGGCGCGGUCUAGCGGGAACUGUAUUGGUACAUAAAGUAGCAGGAGCCGUUGCAGCGAAUGGGGCUACUCUGGAACAAGUCAAAGCGGCGGCGCGAACGGUCAUUGAAAAUCUGGGCACAGUUGGAGUUGCAUUCGAUCGUUGUACUAUUCCCGGGUCAGAUAACAAGUCUUUGUUACCUGCAAAUCAGAUUGAAUUAGGUUUAGGAAUUCAUGGUGAACCAGGAAGCAGCCGAAUCUCUUUAUUACCUUCCCGAGAACUUGUACGACAAAUGUUGGAAAUGAUUAUUUCAAAAACAGAUCCCGAUCGGUCAUACUUGGAUAUCCAGGAAAACAGAGAUUCGGUUGUGCUGUUGGUCAACAAUCUCGGCGCUACGUCUGGUCUUGAAUGUAGUGUUGUGUUGAACGAUGCUCUUUUAUACUUGAAUGAGAGAGGAUUAGAAGUGAAGAGAAGCUUCGUUGGGUCUUUUAUGACAUCUCUAAAUAUGCCGGGAAUUUCCUUGACCAUUCUUAAGCUACCGCAAGAUGAAGACCUGAUUAAGCACAUUGAUAAACCCGUGGAUGCACCAGGGUGGAUGAAUUACGUGACAGUAGAUACCUCCCAACUUGAUGAAGAGCUAGAUGAGAAAGUGUCUGAUUCGACUCACGUGCCAACCUAUCAAUAUAAAGUUAUUGUUGAUCCGUCGCUCUUCGAAAGAACCGUCAGGUCUGCCUGUGAAUCAGCUAUCAAAAACGAACCUGAAAUAACAGCUGCGGACACGAUUGCCGGUGAUGGAGACUGCGGAAUAACUAUAGCAAAUGGCGCAAAAGCUGUGCUUGGGGCUUUUGAGAAGAAUGAAAUAGAUUCAAGCGAUUGUUCUAGGGCGUUACUUCAAAUCAGCAAUAUAUUGGAAAACACUAUGGGUGGAACUAGCGGUGCAUUGUAUUGUAUAUUUUUAAAUGCUCUUGCUCGCGAGUUGAGAAACGCUGUUGAAACGCGUAAAAAUGCAGGACAUACUGUAGCUGAUGCACAAUGCUGGGUUGAGUCUUUGAAGAAAGCGCUUAGUGACCUCGAGUCUUACACACCAGCACGAGAAGGCGAUCGUACAUUGAUGGAUGCACUUAUCCCCUUUGUCACGUCAUUUUCACAUGCAAUUUCGGUUGACUCUAACAUGAUAAUGGCGUUAACUAAGGCUGCUGAGAUGGCGAGUCAGGGAGCUCAGAAUACUAGAAAUAUGCGGGCAAGAUUAGGCAGGGCUUCUUAUUUGGAUGAUGAAUCACUCAUAACUGCUGGAAUAAUUGAUGCAGGAGCCCUUGCUGUUACCAAGAUUGUUGAUGAAAUAGUGAAAGUAUUGACUGCAUGA